CAGAAAUUAUAAUCAUACAAACAGUUCGAGGCGGACUGUUGGAUAGUAAACAGUAAGAGUAAACUUUAGUGUCUAUUUAAAACAACUAAACUAAAAUAUUUAACUAAAAUAUGGCUCAAAACUUAACAAAUCCUUUAAAGAAUGCGUUAAGGAGUCGUAUGAAGAAUGAAGUGCUUAAGACCAUAACUGCAGAAUCACGAGCUAGACAAUCAAAGGCCGUAACCGAAAAGGUUUUACAAACAGAAGCAUUUCGUUCAGCUCAACGUAUUAGUAUUUAUUUGAGUACUUCCACGGAGCUGGACACUAGCGACUUGUUAAGUGAAUGUUUUCGUUUAGAGAAGCAUGUCUUUGUACCCACUUAUGAGGGCAGUCAAAUGGAAAUGGUUCGUUUGAAAGAUUUACAGGAUUAUGAGACCUUACCUUUGACCAAGUGGCAUAUUAAACAGCCCAAUAUUAAGGAUGGUCGAGAAAAUGCUUUGACAAAUGGACAUGGAAUUGAUUUAUUCUUAAUACCCGGUGUUGCAUUUACCUUAAGCGGUGGUCGCAUGGGUCAUGGUAUGGGUUAUUAUGAUAAAUAUUUGAAACGACAUCAGACCACUUAUCCAAAUAAGAAAACCACUUUGAUGGCUUUAGCAUUUCGUGAACAGAUUGUUGAUGAAGAAAGUUUACCCUUAGAUACUCACGAUGUUAGAUUGCAUACAAUAAUAACUGAAUAAAAAAAAGUAAAUAAAAAAGUACAUACAAAUAAAUAAAUUAAAAAUGCAAUGAGGAAAUUUUGAAAUGAAAACGCCGGCAUACACACACUUUCAGACAUACAAAUAUAAUGCACCGUAUGCACGUUUUAAAUGAUAAGAAAAAAAAAAACGCUACAUUGUACAAAGAUAAUUUUAAAAUAAAAUAUUAUAAAUAUUAA